CUCCGCCUCACCUCGACCACCGACUCGAGACAUCAGUAUCCACCAUGCGUGAACAUGGCAAAGCCUACGAUUCUAUAUAAUUACCAUGCUCACACAAUCAUCCGCACAAGCUCUCGCCCGCCUCCGCGCAUACUCACCUCCGCCGACGCAAUGGUAUAACUGCCCACUCACGAGACGCGCAGCCGUCCUCAUCCUCCUCUUCCCGGACCGCCAUGGUGAGCUGAAGGUCGUGCUUACGAUGCGCGCAAGCACGCUGCGAAGUUACGCAGGCCAGGCUGCUUUACCGGGAGGUAAAUCAGACAGCCUCGACGAAACCCCAUUCGACACCGCACGCCGCGAAGCAUACGAGGAAAUCGGCCUGCCAACCAACGACACCAAGCUGCCCCCGGGCUUCCAGAUCGAACACCUAUGCGAGAUCCCCGCCAACCUCGCGAAGACCGAACUCGGCGUCAGACCAUGCGUCGCCUUCCUCUCGUCGCCCGAAUCCGACAGCAGCAGCACGUCAACAGCAGGAGAGAGCAAAGGAGAAAGUGGGGGAGGAAGUGGCGUCGAAGAAAAGAUGAUCCCGCGGCUCGACCCGAAAGAAGUCGCCGCCGUCUUCACGGCGCCGUUCAAGAACUUCCUGCGCAAGAACUGGGAGUCCCAUGGCCCGGGGCCCGUCAACAAGGCCGGGCAUCCGCACUCCUGGUACCGUGGCUCCUGGACGGACUGGCACGAGUCGCGGUGGCGUAUGCAUAAUUUUUAUAUCCCUAAGCCUCCGCCUCCUUCUCCCUCGACUUCGACUUCCUCGACGACGACGUCCGCGUCCACGGCGAUGAAGACGAGGCCGGAUUCGCAGGACCCGACAACGACGCCGUUUGAGGACUUGACGACAUUCAGGGUGUUCGGGAUGACGGCGAGGAUCCUGGUCGAUGCCGCGAGGGUGGCGUACGGGGAGGAGCCGGAGUUCGAGCACAAUUCGCAUUUCGGCGACGAGGACAUGUUGGCGAGGUUGCUGAAGAUGGGGCGGCUGAGCGAGCGGAGGGAGAAGGGGGAGGAGUUGACUAAGGAGGUGCUGAGGAAGGCGAGUCGGAUGUGAGAUUGAGAGAGUUAGGGUUGAUAUUGUCAUGGAGAAAGGGAAGCCAAAGGGCAGUAUAUGGAUGAGACGGGUUGUAGAUAGGUGGUGAUAGUAUGAGCGUAUCCGAAGUGGGUGGUUUGUUAUUUACAUUGGCAUUUACAUCGUUUAUAUACAGGUAGACAUUGUAAGUCGCGACCGCGCUUGUAGUAAUUCAUACAGUCGUUGAUCA